AAAUUGUCGCUGCACGAGCCCAUCGCUUUCUUCCACAGUAAGCCGAGACGAGUGGACAAGACGGACAACAAUGCGAAUUCUAACAGCACGAGCAACAACAUCCACAAUAUGCCGCUGCAUGAACCCAUCAGCGCUACUUCCCCCGAAGUAUACGCCGGGAGACUGCCCAUGACGCCCCAGGAGGCUGUGAAGUACUACGGCUCCAGACUGACGGAAUUCGAGCGCGCCGAGAUCGAGAAGUACUCGGAGAUCUGGUACCUGGGCCUCUCCGCUCACAAAAUUCACGGCGAGGAGGUCUCUUCCCAGAACGGCGGCUACGACGACGAAAACGGCAGUUACAACAAGGUCCUGCACGAUCACAUCUCCUACAGAUACGAGAUCCUGGAGGUGAUCGGCAAGGGAAGCUUCGGUCAGGUGAUCCGAGCGCUGGAUCACAAAACGGGACAGCACAUCGCCAUCAAGAUUAUCAGGAACAAGAAGAGAUUCCAUCAUCAGGCUCUCAUUGAAGUGAGAAUCUUGGAGCACUUGAGAAAGAAGGAUUUGGAGGCGAACUCACAGCACAAUGUGAUACACAUGCUAGAAUAUUUUUAUUUCAGGAAUCACCUCUGCAUCAGUUUCGAAUUAAUGAGCCUGAAUCUGUACGAGCUAAUCAAAAAGAACAAUUAUCAAGGAUUCAGCCUGAGUCUAAUCCGUCGUUUCGCGAACUCGCUAAUCAGUUGCCUGAGACUGCUCUAUCGAGAGAACAUUAUUCACUGUGACUUGAAGCCGGAAAACGUAUUGCUGAAACAACGGGGCAGCAGCUCGAUCAAAGUCAUCGAUUUCGGUUCGUCGUGUUACAGCCACCAGCGCGUUUACACGUACAUACAAUCGAGGUUUUACAGAAGUCCGGAAGUGAUUCUCGGUCUUCCCUAUGGCACACCGAUCGAUAUGUGGAGUCUAGGGUGUAUCUUAGCCGAGCUGUACACGGGUUAUCCGCUGUUUCCGGGCGAGGACGAGAUAGAACAGCUCGCCUGCAUCAUGGAGGUCCUCGGUCUGCCGCCGGAGCACAUUAUCAAUCACGCCACUCGUCGCAGGCUGUUUUUCGAUCAAAAGGGAAGUCCGCGAUGCGUGACAAACAGCAAGGGUAAGAAGAGAUGGGCAGGUAGCAAGAACCUCUCAAUGGCGCUUCGAUGCUCUGACACGCUCUUUGUAAACUUCGUUAGCAGAUGCCUCGAGUGGGAUCCAAAGAAGCGUAUGACCCCCGACGAAGCGAUGCGUCACGAGUGGUUGACUUCGUCUUCGUACGUGAGUUCCUCGUGGUCGUCGGCGAUAGCCUCGUCGACAGUAAACGCGAGCGCGAAUACGACAACGACGACGACGAGCGUCGAGACGGCGCGGGAAUCCGCGCACGCUCCGCAGACAGUGAGCGUGACCGUGAGCGCGCCGCGGCAACGGGCGACGACGAUGGAAGAUCCACCGUACCGGCUGUACAAGGGCCGCAAAUACGUACAGAAGGUCUCCACGGGCACCGAUGUCACCGACAACGGCGGCGGGCUGAUGGUAAAGAGCAAGCUGAAUGGCAGCGCGAGCAGUCACGCCCUGGCGAGCAGCACGCAGACAGCGACAUCAAGACACGCGUCAACCGGCGAUAUCGUUGCGAGCCUAGACCCGAAUCUCGACGACUCAGGCACAUUCUUGCCGCCGAUAUUGUGAAGUCGGGUUUGCGCCAGCCACUUCUAAACGCGCUGCUCGCGUAACCGACGCGACAAAAAAGGCUCGCUCUUUGCACUGCCAUGGGGAGUGCGUAGAUCGCUUGACGUAUGUCAAGAGCGGGUGCAGUUGAAUAAAAAGCGCGUGUAGAACUGGCUGGUCAGUCUGACGUUUCUCGAUGCCAAAUGGCUAGUUUAAAUGCAGAGUCUCUAGUCUCGGCAUGUAUCGAGCUAUGAGGCCAAAAUGACGAUCUGACGAUGGGAGAAGAGUGCGCGGACAUAACGCGAACAGCAAUAUAGCGGUCGCGUGAUCGAGUCGCGUGCUCUCAUGGACUCUGGCGAUCCAAUGUCACUCAGGUAAUCGUAACGAACUCUCGUGCACGCGCGCAUUAUCGUAGUUAUUCGCGGAAAACGUAGACUUGCUGCCUACGAUGAGGAGACUAGCAAUGUUAAUGUAUACCGAUCACCUUUCGACAUGGACCAUAGUACUUAUCUGGUUCGAAUGUUGUUUUCUCGCGCAUGUUAUGAAGCGCACGAAAUUGAUAAGUGACGAAAAAUCUUGGAUAGGUAUAAAAAAAAAUUACAAUUGAAAGUUUGCAUAGAAUGCGUUAUUUGCCUUGUCGUCAACGAGCCUUGAGAGCCAAUUUAUCGUCGGGCUGCGUUUUUGUCGGCGUUUUCAUCGGUAAAAAAGCUCGAGUGAAUGCAAUCGGAAAGUAUACUAUAUAGUAGCGCAUUAUACUUUAUAGAUAACUACGCGAGUGCAAGCGGCGCGAUACGAUGCACGUAUCGUGGCAAACGAUAAAGAAGCGAGGGGAUCUCCAGGCGAAGCACAUUACGUUCAAACAACGAUUCGCCCCGACAUUGCGGCGUAAUGUCGGGGAUUACCAUCGAAUUACGGUCGUGCCGUGAAGACCUGAGUCGUUUGAGACCUGUGUCACCAACACAGGGUCGCGCGAUUAAUAACGAAGCGUCAAGGCGAGGAGUAACUAACACGUGAAGCGUGCCCCAGUUUAACGAGGCCUGAGUAGUCUUAUUGUGAUAUUAAACUACCACUGUCUUACUUAGAUCUCUCUGAUAUUAAGAAGUAACGAUCACUAAUAUAAUAAUUUCAAUUUACUAUUAAUCAUUAUUUUCUUAUUAUCUGUAAUAAUCGCUAUAUCGCUAUAUCGCUACUAUUACCGCAAAGAUAUAGCGGCAUACGUAAAAAGUAACGUGGAUUAUCAUCGAUAUAAUGGCAGAGUUAACAUUACUUAUAUGUAGGCAUAUACAGAUUUUAUUUACGUAUUUUCGAAGAAAUCCUGAAGCAACAGCAGCAGUUGCUGCAGCUACAGCUACAGCAAGUAUGCUAGUUACUAUGGAUACGUAAAGAAAAGUAGCCCGAUAAUUUUCGAUGAUUUUCAGUGAACUUUAAGUGAUUGCCCCUAUUACGCCACUACACCACUCUUCUGUUGUCAUUAAUAGUCUGCGCGACGUAACGCAUGCUUUAUUACGUCGAAAUUAAUUAAUUAAUGUUGAUUAACGGCCCGUGAGAUUCUCCGCCUUCAUAGCACUACCUAUUUACGUAUUGCUCGUAGCUUCCUUAAUUAGUGAUUUAUAAUUUGACACGCCUUUUCGAAAUUAUCACGAGCAUUUCGCGAUAUAUGCAGAGGAUUUGACAAAAAACAAAAACGUAUUGUAUAGUAUUAUAAUGUUAGGUUAAUUUUAGACUUGGUAAUUGUUCGAUGUGCCCGUACCCAUUCUAAAGUUUCGCAAGACACACGAGCUCGUAAUAAUUACAUCAUUAUGAUGUUAGAAACGUGAGAUGCGUCACGCUCUACUGUUUGCUGCUUUCGAGCUUGCACCGUGCAUGGAACGUUAUCUUCUGGUUUUUUUUUGCAUGCUUCUCUUAAAGGUCCUAUUAUACGUAAUGAAAUCGUCAAGGGCUCUACUAAAAAUGUAAAUUUUACUGUCACGGUUUGAAAAUUGAUUGGAGCAGAAUAUUAAUACUCGCAAAUUAUGAUCGCAUACAAGAGACUGAAAUAAAUCAUUAUUUUACAUUGCUAACGGAAACAUGGCGAAAUUGUUCCUAAUAGUUUGUUCUGCAAAUCGAUAUGUCGCCUUACUUUUAUUACAUUUUAGCAAAUUUGUUCUUUUGUGAAGUUGACAUUAUUUAAUUUGCAAAAAGUUAUUGAACAUCUCACGAUGAUAAUCGAAACGAAAAAUAAAACCGGACUUGCCGUCACACAAACAGUCCCACUUUAGCCCACGAACUUUUAAAACAAUUAAUAUCGUACCAACCAAUGUAGUGGUAUCGCGCGACAUAAUCGGUGAAUGGCCAAUAAAACAUGAGCGGAGGUAUAUAAUAAUAUUAAGAAUUACAUAUAUAAAUUAUAUUAUUCGUAUGCGGCGAAUCUGCCCGAACGAACGACUGACGAAGUAGUGCAUAUUAUAUACGAUACAUGAUAUCUGUGGCGGAUUCGUAGCAGUUGCUCUCGAGUAAUCGCAUCGACGUAUAACGACGAAAUCUCGGGUAAGCAUUUCGUUCGAUUAAUCCAUCAACAAAAAAAGAAAAAAAAUUGAGAGUGAUGUCUAUAAGGUGAUUUCUAGGGAACGAGAUAUAUCAAAUUGUGUAUAAAAUAAAUAUGUGACUGCGUGUGCAUGUAUGCGUGUGUAUUUGAGAGAGAGAGAGAGAGAGAGAGAGAAAGGGUGUGUGUGUCUGUGAUAGAGAGAGGGAGGGAGACUCGUUUUGGAGAGAGAAAGAGAGUGAGAAAGAAAGAGUGAACGUAUGAUUAUGCACAUAUAUCUAUUAUAUAAAUAUAUAUACCAUUAUACACGUGAGGCGUGGAAACGCGCAAGGACAAAACAAGUUAAGUCUAGGAUACGAUAGAGAAAAAACAGACAAAGGGCCUUAGAAGGGCCCAAAGAAGGGCGUUUGCGAACACACGCGACUCUGAUCUACGGAGUCUGUGCCUCGCUGCCCUCUAAUAAAAAGAAAAACACUGUUCAAUUGUACAGUCUUAAGUUUUUAGUUGUGUUCACUAUUGUAUACAGCGGGAUCAAAUUAUAGUAUCUGUAUAAAUGGGACGGUUGUAUAAUCUGCGUGUGACGUGCAUUAUCACUUAUACAAGACCACGUGCACACUCGGCACGCAUGUGUCGCGCGUACGCCUAAAGAAACAUACGAGAAGCAUGAUGUUCGUACAGCGAAAGAUACACACUAUGUGAUCAAUUUGGCCGACAUCGGUUAACUCUACUCAAACCGAGUCCUUGUUUUUUGGAAAAAACAUAGAGAUCGCUGUUUAGACCGUGAGUGAAAACUGACACUGAUGAGGCCAGAGCUAAAGCGAAAAGAAGAAAAAGGGCAGAGCAUGUACUAUUUCAAUACCAUCCGAGGAACAGCGAAAAUCCGCAAAAAUUCAUGUCCUUCGAUUGAAAGUUACUCGACUUCCUGAUCAAUUCGUCGUUCGUAAAUAGUCAUUGCCGUACGCCGCGAUUUCUCCAUACGGCGUGGACGGAAAAGGGAGACAGUCGCUUUUUCUAGUCCAGGAUGUAACGAACGUGCUCCGAACGUACACGCACAUCUCACUUGAACGCGACAGAGAGGGGGAAAAAAAAGAGAAAGAGUAGAGUUUCAGCGAAGGAAUGUUGCGCGCGGCGUAUAUCCGUUAGUGUGUAACUAAUUAACGCGUUUUAACGACGCGAUUAGACGCUAUCGAAUUAAAUUAAGUAUAACCGUGCGUACGUGAUUUCUCUCCCUUUCCCGCGACGGAUAACGCGUCCGACAAGGAGGGCCCUGCUGCGCGUUUAUCACGAAGAGCCAUCGUUGCGACGGCCGAGCCUCGUAGAUCAUUUUAGUAGGACAAUCAUAGAGUUACGCGUUUGUAUUAGAGACGCGCUAGUAAGUUUUCAUUAGAUGAUAGAGACGCGAGCGACGAGGGAGUGUCUCUUGUUCGAGAAGCUCGCGCUAAUGCGUAAAAUGAUCCCGACGGAUGCGCAUCGCGACGAAAAAUCGUUUAGAUUAUUAAACGGCCACGUGCGCGCGCGCUUCGCUCUUUCGGGACCGCAAGGGACGAAGAACUCGGUACGCGGAUCCGCGCGGAAGUGAGAGAUAUUUCAAAGGCACGGAAAAGAGCUGUGGAGAAAAAAACGAUUUCGAUAAAAAUGUGAGUGCGCGAGAAGGUUCACUCAAAGAGUGAUUUGUAAUCUGGCGUUCAAUUGUGGAUGUCUUGUUAUAAACGUGCGAGUUCGUCAAUUUCUGCCCAGACUUAACUAUAGCAAACGAGAGAAUUGCUAAAUAAUAAAUGAUUAUUAUAAUGACAUUAGUAUAUGUAUAUGUGUAUGUAUGUAUGUACGUAUGUAUAUGUGUAUAUAUAUACAUAUAUAUAUACACACACAUAUAUUGAUACGAUACUAAAGCAUCAUCUUUUGUAUCAUUUGUUCGUUUGUUUUUAUCUUACUGCGUUUGUCUUUCAUUAUUAAUGCAAUACCAAGAUGACUCGGUUUCGACUCGGUAUCUUGUGUGUAAAUAUAUAAC